AUGCUUGUGGAACUCCUCUCCAACGGCUUCACCUGGUCGCUUAUUGCAGGAGUCGCCGGCCUCCUUCUCCUUUUUACAAAACAGCGUCCCGUUUUCCCCGUUGUCAAUGACUACCCAGGUGAUUUCCUUCGUCGGAAAGCCUAUCGCGAAUACAACAAGAAUGCGAGGAAACUGAUCGCCGACGGACUGGCCAAGCACCACGGGCCCAUCACGCUGCUUGUGCCUGGUGGCAUGAAGAUCGUGCUCCCUUCUGCCCUCAGCGAUUGGGUGAAGACCAACAGGAACCUCGAUCACCAAGAGCUCGUUAGGGAAGAAUACUUUGCCCGCUUCCCGGGAUUCGAGGCUCAAUACGCCGCCCAUAGCCCAGACAGAAUGCUGAUUGACAUGAUCCGAACAAAGCUAUCGACGAACGAGACCAUAUUGCCGACGGUUAACCAGCAUCUCGCGACAGCCCUACAAGAGCACUGGGGCAGCAGUGGAGUCUGGCAUGUCAUCAACUGGGAUAAAGACACCACUGGAAUUAUCUCCCGCGCAGCAGCCUCCGUGUUCGUGGGCCCCGAGAAAGCCGCCGACCCGGAGUGGCAAACUCUCGUACAGACGUAUGUACGUGAGUUCUUCACUGCCGUCGGGGAGCUCCACGCGUGGCCUGCAGUGCUGCGACCGGUUGUACAUUGGUUCUUGCCGCGUAUGUCGACUUGUCGAGCCCUGGUCCGACAAGCCCGGGCAACCAUGCGCGACGUUGUCUACAAGAGGGAACAGGAAGCAAAGGCUGGACGAGAACGAGGUCUCGAGGCGCCCCAGUACAAUGAUGUCGUUGCUUGGACACAGAACGUCCCCAGCAACAAUCUUCCAGCAGGCGAUAUUCAACUUGCUUUGGCCAUGGCUGCACUUUUCACAACGACCGAGGCUCUCAAGCAGGUGCUUAUCGACAUAGCCCAACAUCCGGAGCUGGUAGACCCGCUCAGACAAGAGAUCAAGCAGUCAUUAUCGGAUCAAGGACUCGGACUGGCCGCGCUGGGAAAGAUGGAGCUGCUUGACAGUGUGAUGAAAGAGUCACAGAGGCAGAUACCUGUUUCGGUGGGCUUGGAGCGGAAGGUCAUUCGCGACACCUUCCUUCCGGAUGGAACAAGAAUACCCCAGGGAUCCCACAUCAUGGUCGACUCAGGCGACAUGUGGAGCGCAGAAGUCCACGACAAUCCAGAGUCGUACGACGGAUACCGGUUCCUGAAGCGACGUCAAGCUGGGAACAAAAAGAGUCAGUUUGUGCAAUCGAGUCGAGAGCACAAUACGUUUGGAGGUGGCAGACAUAUAUGCCCCGGCCGCUUCUUUGCCAGCAAUGAGUUGAAGUUAUGCCUGGCCCACAUUUUGUUGAAGUAUGAUGUUCGGCUGAAGCAUGGAUACUGCUCGAGACCCGUGCAGUUUGGUGUCUAUGCGAGUGUCGACCCCGUUGCUGAGUUGGAGGUUCGACGAAGAGAAGUACCUGAUGACAAUGUACUAUGA